CGCAAGGUCAAGCAGCAGACCGCUGAGCUCGAGAAGCCCGACGUUGUCAAGACUCAUCUCCGAAACAUGUUGAUCAUUCCCGAGAUGGUCGGAUCCAUGGUUGGAGUGUACAACGGGAGGAACUUCAAUCAGGUCGAGAUCAAGCCUGAAAUGAUUGGACAUUAUCUGGGCGAGUUCUCCAUCACCUACAAGCCUGUCAAGCACGGAAGGCCCGGUAUCGGAGCCACCCACUCAUCCAGAUUCAUCCCUCUGAAGUAG